CGUUAUGGAAGCUAUGUGUACGAGACAAAGGAAAGUAAAUGGGAAACAGACUAUAUGCUGAUUUCUAAGCGUUGCGUGAAUGAAUGUGUGGUUGAUGAUGUAUUGUACUCCCAUGAUCGCGUUAUGAACACCUUAAGAGCGUAUGAUCCAAAUCAGAAGUCUUGGAGAGUGGUGGAAGGCGUGGAAGAAUUGUUGGCUAGGACGAUAUGCUCAGACUGGUCGUAUACUGUGAGAUAUGGUGGGAAUCUGGCUUUGCUUUUCAGAAGACCAGGUGAGAUUUGGUGUGCGGAGAUUUCGCUGGAAAGACGUCUAGGUGGGGAGAUUUGGGGUAAGUUGAGUGGUGUGAUCAGGUUCUGACUGGAAAUUUUAAAGUUAUGAAAUCUCUAUCUGUUAUGGUUUGAUGCAUGAACUCUCCUUCGUAUUUAUAUAUAUUUAGUGUUUUUUUAAUUUAGUUAUUAUGUUCAACUUCACCCAAAUGCCAUGAUGAGUUCUCUUUUCAUCGACCAAAUUGAAUUGAUAAUUUGAAUGUCCUGACAGGAACAUAUUGGUUUGAAUUUAACUUAAGGUUUGUAAUGCUAUAUUUGGUUCUCUGUAUCAGUUAGAUCAAUAUCCAAGCAACAAAACUCAAACCAAGAAAAGCUACAACUCAGAACAAGCUACAACUCAGAACGGCUAUUAGUCUCAUUUAAGAGAAACACUAGAUACUACUUCAAAAAAUUGCAGCUACAUGAUUAAGCACAGUCUCUUAACUGGGUUCUUAGCUUCGGCUAAGAAACGGUUCUUAACUUUUCUUAGAUUUUAACUAAGAAAAACUAAGAACCGUCUCUUAAAUAAGAGAUAUAAAAGCUAUUAGCCGAAAAGUGUAAAAAAUAAAAAUUGUCAAAUCGUGAGUUAAGAACCCGAUUAAGAGACUGGGGUUAAUCAAUAAGCAUACAUAGGUUUAAAUGGGACUAAAGUAAAACACGUAAGUAUAGAAGCUGUAAUAGGGUAGAGAAUUCAAACACAUUGUAAUAGAGUAGGGAACGAAGAGUAAAUGAAUAUCAUCCUAAUCUUAUGGUUAUAAGAAACAAAUUUCUGAUCUUUUUCUGAUCUUUUUUUUUGAAAUAGUUUAUUUAUUGCUGAGUGACAAGUUCAUUAUUCAACUCCUUGAGAUGUAUAAGAUUUUUUUUUUGUGUGUGUGCACCUAGAGGUAUAAGAUUCUAAUCGCUAAAAACUCUCAAUGUUUGUUACAGAUACAGUCAAGCAACCUCUUUUUGCUACAUCUUUGGAUACUACCAAACCUUUUCAGACUCUUUCAAAACACAUUUCAAAUUCGAAAAAGAUAAAAAUAACAUAUUGAUUCAACUGGCUAGAGAUCUUACUGUUUCACACUCUCACCGCUUCGUCAUCUUUAUCACUACAAAGACACAUAGCUAUGAACAGAAUCAUGUCAUCACAAAGAUCAGAUUUGAUCGAACAAAAACUCUCACAACACACUUCUUUCUUCGGCAUCAAGCUAUGGAUCCUCAUUACAGCUUCCGCCUCCAUAGCUUUCCUCCUAGCAUUCAUUGUCUUUGUCUCCUUAUGUUUCAUCUUUCACAGGAGAAGAUGUAGACAAGAGCCAUUCAGACUAAGAUCAAAGCUUUGUCUGCCUUUGUCACGCAUUCCCUUAAACAAUGACAGGCGGCAUAACCCGUACAACCGUUGCCCCGAGUAUAUAGAGAGCGGGAGAAUCUCCUCUCAGGUUGGAUGGUCAUAUGCUCAUCUUCCCUACUACACCAGAAGCUUCUCCUCUACCACCAGCAGCUUUGGAAGCUUCACCGUGUUUACGUUCAUGGAGAUUGAGAGUGUUACAGAUGGUUUUGCAGACGAGAAUCUGAUUGCUAAAGGAGAUUCUUCAAUGGUGUAUCGUGGAGUCCUGAUGGGUACAGUCAAUGUUGCUGUCAAACGGUUCUUCCCCAUCUAUCAAAGGUAUGACGAUAACGAUUUCAUAACAAGAGCUGAGAUGAUUGCAAACGUUAGACAUAAGAAUGUUGUGAGACUACUCGGAUACAGCAUUGAAGGCGACGAGAGGGCUCUCGUGUACGAGUAUGUAGAGAAAGGAGAUUUGCACGAAUGGAUUCAUGGAUCUUCAGGGAGAAACCAACCUCUGGCAUGGAGUAAGAGGAUGAAGAUCAUUCAAGGAGUAGCAAAAGGACUCGCGUAUUUUCAUGAAGACCUUGAACCAAGGAUCACUCAUCAAUACGUAAGACCGAGCAAGAUUCUUCUUGAUUAUCAUUGGAACCCUAAGAUAAUACUAGCUAUCCCAAGUCACAAUGAUAGUCCAAUGAACUCAACAUUUGUUCCUUCACCUAAUAAUCUGGAUGAGAAAAUCGACAUUCAUUGCUUCGGGACUUUGAUAAUGGAGCUUGUCUCCGGGAGAGUCUGUGUAGACCAAAGCUCACCACAUGUUUAUCUGGUGGACUGGAUCAAAGAGAUGGUGGUGAAUCACAUGAUAGUAGAUGUUCUUGAUCCUAGCCUCCCGGAGUUUCCAACAUUAAAAGAACUCAAACGGAUUGUCUUGAUCGCCUUACGCUGUGUUGAUCCAGAAAUAGAACAGAGACCUAAAAUGGGAGAUGUGAUUCACAUGCUCCAGCCGCAUGACUUGCUACUGAAUAGUAAUGCAAUACGUAAGCCUCAGAAGGUUACCAGGUCACGCGAGGUCUCUAGAAUCAGUAUCAUCGGAACAUGAAUCCCAAGCCAACAAUAAAUUAUUACUAGUUUUGGAGUUACCAUGCCAUAUGGAAGCGUUUAAACGACAGUCGCCUGAGACGUGUGCCAAUAAAAUGCAUUGGUCUGCUUUUUAACCUCCUUCUUUGGCAUCAUAUCUGAUUAUGCAACUGCCCAUAUAUGUCUUUCUUUAUCACUUAUCUCCAUUGUUUUGGACUAAACUUCCUUUGUUCUAUUCUACUUCCAGUUCACAUUUUGAGACACAGUUAAUUGCAUCUUUGACCAAAAACUUAAUUAAUUACAUCUAACACAACAAAUACAGAACAAAAAGAACUUCACAAACACUUGGCAAAACCACAGAAACUAAAGCAAAUACAUAAAUAAAAAACAAUCAAAUCAAAUUAUAAUUAAAAAAGAAACUCAUACACACACUAAACACUCAAUUGUACUUUAUUUUUCUCUGUUUGAUUGUUGUAAAAUAAUUUCUAUUGUGAUAUGAUAUUUUAUUAAACAACAAAGACUUGUAUUCUUUUAACAAACAAAAAAAAAACAAAGACUUGUAUACAAAGAUGUUUGGGGGAUAAAAGAAGAGAGGCAGUAUCGUAGAUAAGCACAGAGAAAAAAUGACCAUGGACGAGUCUGGAAACAAACAAGAAAAAAAACACUUGAUAAUCAAAUCCUAUGAAACCAGCUUAUACGUGUUACCAAAAAAAAAUGAAACCAGAAGACUUUGAUUGGUGACAUGAGAUAUAGUUGAUUAAAUUUGAUUUAGAAGCAUAACUCAUAAAUAUUAUCAAUCAUGGAUAUUUUUUUUUUGAGUUAAUCUUUAGAGUUAUGAUGUAUUGUACUUGAUUUAUAAUUUUGAGUUAGUCUUUUGAAAAAAAAAAUAACUCAAUUGUUAACUCAAUUGUUAACUCAACAUCAAACAAAAUUCAACCGUAAGUUAAACCAAAUCCCUAAUCUGAAAACAGUGGCUAGCUAGUGGUGACGAUAUUGAAUAUUCUGUCAAGAUCAAAUUCAAGCAGAAUAUAAGAGGCAGACGGUCCCACGGAUAGUCGAUAAACCAAUUAAAUUAAGUUAAAUU